UAUUCGUAUAAAAACAAAGAAUACGACUUGUCCUUUGCACGUUACAAUAAUACGAUGGUAAAACGCAACGGUAAUAAGAUAUGAGAAUAUGCAAGAAGUGAAUACGCAAGAAGUUGAAUACCUUUAAAUGUCUGUUUCAAACAUUGUUUUAUAUUCGAUCUAAAUGUAUAUUUAAAAACGUAAGUAAUGUGUGCUACUUUUUCAUGAAAAUUAAUUAUUAAUUAUUAAAUAGUGAAUACGUAAAAGAUCAAUAAACAUGUACGAACCGCUGUAUAUUGAUACCACUGUAACGUGUCCUUAUAAUGAAAACCAUCGAAUUGCUAGAUCACGUAUUCAAAGGCAUAUCGUCAAGUGUGAAAAGAAUUAUCCUAAUGAUUAUAAAGUGAUCUGUCCGUAUAACGCGACACAUCGUUUGUUUAAACAUGAAAUGAUGGAACACAUUAUUACAUGCCCAAUGCGGAAACUGAUUGAUCCUGAAUUAUAUCAACGAACUGGAAAUCGUGCAUUGUUGAAGAAUAAGUUGCAAUGUGAUAUAACAAGCUUAAUUGAUUGUAACGAAAGUUGGGACACAGAACUUGAAUUUAAUUCGAUAUCUCAUAUAAAGAGAAAUCUUCAUUUUGAUAAAAGAAAAUAUAACACAGAAGAUUAUAAGGAUUUGAGACGUCCACGUGGAUUUUCAGAAGUUAUGUUAAUUGAUGUAGAUGAGGAAGCAAAUGUUGAAGAUAUGGAAUCAAUAACAAGUUCUAUGGGAAUGGGAAGAGGCAAAAUCAGCACAAAUAAAAAUUAUUUGAUACAGAAAAUUGGGCUAGGAAGAGGAAAGAUUUUACAUUGAAAAUUCUAUUUUAAAGUACUUGGAAAUAUAUAAAAGAUAUACAUAAUAGAGCCUUCAUAUUAUGCAUAUUAUAGAAUAUCCAUAUUAAUAGAAAGACAAAAAUUAUUGGAUAAGAGAAUUUUUAAGUAAUAGAACAAAAGCUUUUUUCUUAUAUUGAACUUUAUUCAAAUAAAAAUCAACAUAAUUGACACCUUGUUUCAACAUUCAAAGAGCCAAAAUAACUGGUCAAAACUGUUCAGAUAACAGAAUUUUUAGAUAAUAAAAUAUUUGGAUAUUAGAGUAUUUGGAGGCUCUACUGUAUACAUAUGCUACAUAAACAGAAAAUAUAUAAAAACAAAAAUAUUCUA